UUGUUGGGAGGGAAGAUUCUCUGCAACAGUUAUGGGGUCUGUGGAGCAGGUACCGCAUUAUUGGAGUGUUUGGCAUGAGGUCUGUUGGAAAAUCCAGAACAGUUGAAGAAUUCAUUCACCGUAUGAAAUCUGAACAUCCAUCCUCUGACUCAAUUCAUCACAUCCUUAUAGAUCUGAAUGCUGUUACCAGUCUACAGCGUUUCAUUUUCCAAGUCAAAACAGCUUUCGGUUUCUUUGAUGAUGUCCAGAUUGAUGAAGUUGAACAGUUGGUGGGAAAUAUUCUGAGCAAGAUGGAGAGUACUCCGUCUAUAUUUUAUGUUGUCAACUUUGACAAUGCUGAAGAUGUGAUAGAAAGUGAAGUGAAAGCAGACUUUGUGCUGACUUGUGGAAUGCUGAUUGAGAGAUGUAUGAGUUUGAAGAUUGUCUUCACAUCAACCGCCAAAGUGACCUUCCCAAGAUACGCCAGCAUGUACUGCUGGAUGGACCUGCCGCCUCUGUCCCAUGGCGAUGGAGUGGCUCUGCUGCGUUGAUCACCCCGAGUGUACAGUACAACCAAGGAUUGAUUGACAAGAUUGUGGAACUGUGCAUGGGUCUUCCCUUGGCAGUUCUUAUGACAGGUUCAGAGCUGGAGAUAGACAAUCAUUUCCUGACUCCAGACCAGAUGGUGGACAUCUUAGCCCAGAGUCGACUGGAGGCUUGUGAUGAUGACUCAGAUGGCACGCAGGUCCGCCUGGAGGCCUGGAGUAGAGACUGCAGCUACUCAGAAGAGGAACAGAUCGGGCCAGUGUACAGGAACUUUAUCAGAAGGUUGUCCGAGGUGUUCCGACAAAGACUGGCUGUGUUGGGAUAUAUCCCAGGCUCCUUCACUACUGGACAUGCUCAGCGUAUGCUGGAUGAGACCUCCCUUCAAUCUGUGAAAGACAGGACACUGUCUCCUCUGAUGCGUCGACACAUGGUGCAGUUUGAUGCACCACAACGCAGAUACAACAUCCACGGUAUCCUCAAGGACUGUCUGGAGGUGUACUUCAGCAUAGAGAACCUUACAGAUGUGCGGCGCCGCUACUGCCAGACCUUCAGUGAGGUGAUGAAUCAGCUGUCGCGGAAGCUGGGAACCAAGGACUACACUGAAGCUGUUGCUGACCUGGCCGUGGAACAUCCCAACCUUCAAAAGCUCAUGAUGGAUGUCAGGCAUUCAAACCAAGAGACAUACCCCGUCUAUAUUCAGAUGGUGGAAUCCUCUUCAGAAGUUAUUCAAAACUUUUUUGGAGGUGAGAGCUACAGAUUCUACACCAAGUGUCUCAAGCUGUGUGAGAUGUAUGACAAACCCAGAGAUGAUGCUGUAGUCAGCUGUGCUUAUGGCAGGGUACUCACUAAUGUCAAGGCAGAUUACCCUGCAGGGGAGAGCAUGUACAGACGGGCGCUGGUGUUUGCUGUCAAGGACCCUGCCUCCAUCAUGAUGGCGUCACAGCUGCAUGAGAACAUGGGCUGGAACUUUUAUAUGCAAGGGAAGCGACAAGCUGCUCUGAGGUGA